AAGAACCCCCGCGGUCUCCCGGAGUCGCUCGGAGUCCAUGGAGCUUGCCGCGGGAUCGAGUACAGAGCUCACAAAGGCCAUCAAACCUAUCGAUGGGAAGUCAGUUCAUCAGAUUUGUUCUGGGCAAGUGGUCCUAAGUUUAAGCACUGCUGUAAAGGAGUUGGUUGAAAAUAGUGUGGAUGCUGGUGCCACUAGUAUUGAUCUCAGGCUUAAAGAUUAUGGGGUGGAUCUCAUUGAAGUUUCAGACAACGGAUGUGGGGUAGAGGAAGGAAACUUUGAAGGCUUAGCUCUGAAACAUCAUACUUCUAAGAUUCAAGAGUUUGCUGACCUCACCCAGGUUGAAACUUUUGGCUUUCGGGGAGAAGCUUUGAGCUCACUCUGUGCACUGAGUGAUGUAACUAUUUCUACCUGCCACGCAUCUUCAAAAGUGGGGACCCGACUGGUGUUUGAUCACAAUGGGAAAAUUAUCCAGAAAAACCCCUACCCACGGCCCAAGGGGACCACAGUCACUCUGCAGCAUUUGUUCUAUACGCUCCCUGUGCGCCAUAAGGAAUUCCAAAGGAAUAUUAAAAAGGAGUAUGCCAAAAUGGUCCAGGUGUUACAGGCAUACUGUAUCAUUUCAGCAGGUGUCCGAGUAAGUUGUACCAAUCAGCUUGGACAAGGAAAACGGCAGCCUGUGGUUUGCACUAAUGGAGGCUCCAGUGUCAAAGAGAAUAUUGGCUCUGUGUUCGGGCAGAAGCAGCUGCAAAGCCUCAUUCCUUUCAUUCAGCUGCCCCCUAGUGACUCUGUCUGUGAAGAGUAUGGUCUUAGCUGUUCUGAGGCGCUGCACAAUCUGUUUUACAUCUCCGGCUUCAUCUCACGCUGCACGCACGGCGUUGGGAGGAGUGCCACUGACCGGCAAUUCUUUUUCAUCAAUCAUCGGCCUUGUGACCCAGCAAAGGUGUCCAGACUUGUGAAUGAGAUCUACCACAUGUAUAAUCGUCAUCAGUAUCCAUUCGUUGUUCUUAACAUUUCAGUUGAUUCAGAGUGUGUGGAUAUCAAUGUAACUCCAGAUAAGAGGCAAAUUUUGCUGCAAGAGGAGAAGCUUUUAUUGGCUGUGUUAAAGACUUCACUCAUAGGAAUGUUCGAUAGUGAUGUGAACAAACUCAGUGUCAACCAACAGGCACUGCUGAGUGUUGAAGGUAACUUGAUAAAGAUGCGUGGGACGGAAGCAGAAACACCUCUGCCAGACAGUCCUCCUUCGUCUAGCACUCAGGAAGAAGACAAAAGGUCCGUGUCCAUUUCCAGGCUGAGAGAGGCCUUUUCUCUUCGUCAUCCUGCAGAGACCAAAUCUCCAGGCCCAAGGACUCCUGAACUGAGAUGGAAUUCUCCAGUACAGAAAAAGAGGGUACCCUCUAGUGCCUCCAAUCCUGCCUCUGGCAGAAGCCUGCAGGGCCCUCUGGAAGAGGUGGUGACUCACAAGGACUCAGAUGGCCGUGGGGACAGAGUGGAAGUGGAGAAAGACUCGGGGUACACCAGUACAUCAGCUGCCCCAGAGGAAGGGUUCAGCCCCCCGGAAGUGGGCAGUAGCAGUAGCGACCAUGCAGAGAGCUCCCCAGAAGACAGAUUUUCACAAGGAGACAUGGACUCUGGUGAGAAUCUACCUGAACUGGACCAACCCCCUUCAGCUGGGGAGUCAGAGAAGGAAAAAGAUGGCCCCUGUCAACUUCUGCCUCCUCAGACACAUCUCUCCUCCUCCAGUGCUAAGCGAUUUAAAAAAGAAAUUCCCUCAAAUACCAACACUCCCCCAAAGUCAGCUACCACUGAGAACGCCUCAGCAGCCCAAGUGGAUGUGGCUGUGACAAUUAGUAAGAAAAUAGUGCUCCUUGCCUUUUCUAUGAGCUCUUUAGCUACACGAAUAAAGCAGUUGAAUUGCCAAAGACAACAAAGGGAAGGCAAACCGAAUUACAGGAAAUUCAGGGCAAGGAUCUGUCCAGGAGAAAACCAAGCAGCAGAAGAUGAACUAAGAAAAGAGAUAAGUAAGUCAAUGUUUGCAGACAUGGAGGUGCUUGGUCAGUUUAACUUGGGGUUCAUAAUAACCAAGCUGAAGGAGGACAUCUUCCUGGUGGACCAGCAUGCAGCUGAUGAGAAGUACAACUUCGAGAUGCUGCAGCGUCACACAGUACUCCAAGCACAGAGGCUCAUUGUACCUCAGGCUCUCAACUUAACUGCUGUCAAUGAAGCUAUCCUGAUAGAAAAUCUGGAAAUAUUCAGAAAGAAUGGCUUUGACUUUGUCAUUGAUGAAGAUGCUCCAGUCACUGAAAGAGCUAAACUGAUUUCCUUGCCAACUAGUAAGAACUGGACUUUUGGACCCCAAGAUAUAGAUGAGCUCAUCUUCAUGCUGAGUGAGAGCCCGGGGGUCAUGUGCCGGCCCUCCCGAGUCAGGCAGAUGUUUGCCUCGAGAGCCUGUCGGAAAUCUGUGAUGAUUGGAACAGCUCUUAACACCAGCGAGAUGAAGAAGGUCAUCGCCCACAUGGGCGAGAUGGACCACCCCUGGAACUGCCCCCACGGAAGGCCGACCAUGAGGCACAUUGCUAAUCUGGAUGUCAUUUCUCAAAGCUGAUCCUCCUCACAUCCUAAAUGAAGUUUUUCAUGCAGUUCUUCCUGUUUUGAAAGGCAAAGCUUUGUCGUCAUUAUUGCAUCAAACCUAACCUGCUACUUACUUAAGAAUAGUGUGCUAGAUGCAUUUGCAUUUUUAAAUUAUCUUAGGUUGGGCAUGGAGGUCCAUGCCUGUAGUCCCAGCUUCUCAUGCUGAGCCUGGAAGAUUGCUUCAGCUCCAGAAUCAGAGACCAGCCUUAGCAACAUAGUGGAAUCCAUCUUGGAAAAAAGAAAAAGAUCCUAUUCAACAUUGUGAACUGCAUCUUUUCAGCAUUUGAAUUUUGUGUACAAGCUAGAACAUAUUUUAUAUCCAGAAGAGGGCUGAGAGCGUGGCACAAGUGGUAGAAUGCCUGUCUACCUAAGUUCAAGCCCAGCACCACCAGAGGGGAAAAAAAAACAAAAAACAAGCACUUUGGAUGUUACCCAGGCUUCUGUUCUGCCUGGAGAUAUUUUCGCUUGCAACUUUCAGCCGUAAAUAAUAAAAUAUUACAUUGGCCUAAUUUAGUAAACUUUAAACUUAAAAUUAAGGUACCUUUUGAGUUUGUGCUUCUCAAAUAAUGCAUCACAGUAAGUGGCUCCCACCUGUAAUCCCAGGUGUGCAAAAGGCUGAGAUCAGGAGAAUGAAGGAUUUAAGGCCAUCCCUUGGCAAGAGAAAGGAAGACUCGGAAAAAUAAUCACAGCAAGCGAGGCUGGAGGUGUAAUUCAAGUGGUAGAGAACCUCCGUAACAGCCUGACGCCAGUGGCUUAUGCCUGUAAUUCUA